AUGCAUUCUGCCAUCUUUGCUGUCUUUGCUAUCUCCGGCCUCGCUGCCGCUACUCCCAACCCCAAGCCCCAAGCCGAAUGUGAGGGUCUUGCUCCUCUCGGUCUCGACACUGUCAAGUACUACGUCUGCGGCAAGAAUGGCUUCCGUGGAUACUGCUCCGAAGACCCUUGUGACGCAAAGUGGUGCCGAGACUUUGCUCCCAAGACUUGCGAUCUUGUCUUUAUCACCGAGCCUGAAGCCCCUGUUGUAGGCGGCCACAAGUGGGAGUCUGAGACAGCUACUACUACUGUCACCGAAGCCGCUUCCACUGAUCUUCCGAUCGGCCAAUGUGCUCCCGGAACAGGUUUCUUCCAGAACUGUUCCAACGGCUUCGUGGGAUGCUGCAAGUCUGAUGCUUGCACCGGCGAUGCUGGUGUCUGCCCUGAUACUAAGGAGGCUAAGCGUGGCGACCCAACUGUCUGCCCUCCUGGUACCGGUUUCUUCCAGUCUUGCUCAAACGGCUUCCGUGGUUGCUGCAAGUCUGAUGCCUGCGGCCAAAAGCUCCCCAUCUGCCCCCCUUCAGUCACCAAGCGAUCUGACGACCCAACUGUCUGCCCACCAGGCACUGGCUUUUUCCAAUCAUGCUCCAACGGUUUCCGCGGCUGUUGCAAGGGUGACGCUUGUGGUCAGAAGGAACCCAUCUGCCCUUCUACUGCUGCCAAGCGAUCAGACGAUCCUACCGUCUGCCCUCCCGGAACUGGUUUCUUCCAGUCCUGCUCUAACGGUUUCCGUGGAUGCUGCAAGAACGACGCCUGCAGCCAGACUCAACCUAUCUGCCCUUCUUCUUCCGCUAAGCGAUCUGAUGACCCCACAGUUUGCGCCCCUGGAACUGGCUUCUUCCAGUCUUGUUCCAACGGCUUCCGUGGGUGCUGCAAGACCGACGCAUGCAGCCAGACCCAGCCCAUCUGCCCUUCUUCCUCUGCUAAGCGUGACGAUACCGUCUGCCCUCCCGGUACCGGUUUCUUCCAGUCCUGCUCCAACGGCUUUCGCGGCUGCUGCAAGGGUGACGCCUGUGGCAACUCAUGGUGCCCCGACUUCAAGACCGGUACCUACCAGCCUGCCCAGUCCUUCAAGGUCAAGGCUCGCUCCGACGGAACAUGCGCUCCCGGCACUGGCUUUUUCCAGGUCUGCUCCAACGGCUUCAAGGGAUGCUGCAAGAAGGAUGCUUGCGGUCAGAAGCAAGCUGUCUGCCCCAACUAA